UUCCGAGCGGUCCGUGAACUCCUCAGCAGUAGUUGACUGGAAGGGAUGGAGCUGCGUCGCUGGUGUUGUUUUCACCGCCACACAUUCACAUGAACUGUCAACCCAGCCGGAACAACCCAAGCCGCUCCGAGCAGAGCCGUGUGCAUGGGAAACCACCCCGAAUGGACUACCGCACACCCGAGACAAGCUCACCAAAGCCCUCGGUUGAUUUUGUUGUUUUUAUUCCUGUCCACAAAGGGAGAAGAUAAACAACAGCUGCCUACCUUUUUUUUUUUUUUUUUUUUUUUUUUUUUUUGAAGAGAAGGCGCGUGGGGAUGCUGCCUCGCGCGGGUCUAGUGAGAGAAACGCGCGCGCUCCGUGAUUAGUAUUUAGACAAGUAGCUAAUGAACUAGUAAUUACAUAAGUAGCGUCUAAACCGCCUGUGUGGUCUGCCUGUCUGCUACUAGUCUAGUCUAAAUUUAGACCCGGGACGAAACCAGCGGAGGACGCCGUGGUAUUUAUUUAGCGGGAGUUUUUCUUUUUUCCUUUUUUUCCUUUUUUUUUUUUCUCCUUUUUUUUAGUUUUUUUUUUUUUUUUUUUUUUUUUUUUUGUUUAAUCAGUGCACCUUGGAUUUCAGAGGCUAUCACAAAGCAAGUGUGGAGGCGAGGACGAGGUCAAAACAAUUCGAGUCAGACCUGAAUCAAAGAGAGAGAUGACCCUCGUUUUGUCCAUGAAUCCUUUUCUGGACCCAGAGGGAGACCCUCCACUCUCCACAUACCAGCCCAUAUGGGAAUCAGAACGUUGCAAAAAGACCUGCCUGUCAAACCCUGCCCUUCCAUGCAGCUCUGAAGAACAAUUUACACGGGAACCCCUCUGUAGGCGGGUUCCUGACCAUGUCUCAGUGUCAAGGAUUGCAUACUUUAAGAGAAAGUUUGUUGAAGAUGAUGAUGACCCACCCUUCAGUUUCAGGACUUACUGCCAGACUGUUGCACCAGUUUUGGAAGAGCGUGCCCAUGUGCUGCGUCUCUCCCUUGAGAAGAUGCGAUUUAUUGAUGACCCUGAGGCCUUUCUCCGGCGCUCUGUCCUUGUUAACAACCUGCUUCGGCGUUUGCGAGCUGAGAUCCUGCUCCAGAGUACCGACUGGUGUUUCCCACCCAAUCCAGCCUUCACCACCGGCCCCUGCGUUCUCCCACCCUCCUCAAAUCCAGCUCACCAGGCACUCCAUGGUGCAGUACCAACGAGGAUCUGCUUAGCACCCCAGGCUGGACCACCCUUACGGAAGCGUUUCCGAAUGGUCCGUGGAGGACAGGGAGAUCUGCGUCCUGAAUGUGCCCAGACAUGUUGUUGCAUCUACGCAGCAGCAGCUGCUGCAGCUGCAGGACACUACCUCCACCUCCCAUUCUCCAUGUACGAUGCAGCACUCUCAACCUGCCCAUCCACACCACACUCCUCCUCGUUUUUUCAGUUAGCUAGCCAUAGUAAGCUAGGGCUGUCAGUGGCUGUAGAGGAUCACGAUGAUGAGGAUGAAGAUGUUGAGGAGGAGGAGGAAAAUGAUGAAGAGGAAGAGAGAGAAGAAGAAGAUGAAGAAGAUGAUGAUGAAACACAUCAUCAAGCUGGGCCUUCCCUUGAUGAAGUAAUGGGUACAUCAAGCCAGAAAAGCAGGACUAGGACCUUGCUGGGUCAGAAACAUACUCACACAAGGACAGAGGAGGACAGCUGCAUGACAGAGAGGGUAGACGAGGAGGAGGACGGAGAGCAGGAUGAAGAUGAGGAGGAGGAGGAUGAAGAGGAGCAAGUCACAAGACCUUGUCAGUGGGACUCGAGUGCCACAGAAAGGGAGCUCCACAAGGUUAGCUAUUGGCACCGUAGAGGUCACAGACAAUGAUGGUGCUCUCUGAAACAUUACUUUUACUCCAUUUGUACUAGAACGGCAUUGAAAAUGUAACUGAUUGAAGAUCCUCAUCAUCCUGAAGUUCUGACCUAUAUUGCAUUAGUCUAGUUUCACAACACAUACUUGCACUUAAAAGCCAGGUGUGUGUACGUGACACAAGUGCACUCAACAGUAUGUAGCAGAAAACCAUCCUUAUGAGGGAGCAGUGCUGUGCUCUGAGCACCGCUGAGUUUUGACAGUUUGGAUGAAGGGACAUUGACAGUCAUCAGCCUGUCUCCUGACAGUUACCCUUUGUUUUUUCAAUCAAAAUGAAAAACAAAGCUUAUUAAAUUGGUUACUGAAGUCAUUUGUUUUUCUUGUACCUAACUGCACACACUAGUAUUUUCUGUCAGUGUACAAAAUAUAUCAUUGAUAUUAGGUUUACUGUUCACUACUUAUACACAAUAUCAGUCAAAAUAUCUGUUGUAAUCAUUUUUUCAUUUUAUGGUGUACAAGCCCUGAAAUACAAGCACAAGUGCAGAGGCAGUACAUCAACGUUUCUGUAUAAACAUGUACUGCUUAGGGGAUGCUUUUCUCUCAGCUGUUUUUGUUAUCAGUUGGCAUUUAAAUAACCUCACAAACCUGAUUCCAUAAAGAUUUGUUGGAAUAAAUUAAACAUGAUGAGCUGGAGCCAGGAGUGUGGAACAGGAGCUUAUGAAUAUCAGUCAUCAAACCAAAUACCCCAUCAAAGGGCAUGCUCAGUAAGUGACCAAUGCAAUAGUGAAGCCAAGAUCAGCCGGUGCCUCUGCAAUGUCCCCCAAAGUCUCAAAACUCAACUUGCUGAGUAAGCGUGUGUUGAGCAGUUGUACAUAAGUACAUAGGGAGGGUCACAUUCACACUAUCACAAGGCCUUGCUUAGUGGGACAGCAUUUGUGCAUGAGGAGCAGAAAUGGAACAACACAGCGAUGUUUUCCUGCUCAUGGAAACUGUUGUGUGCACUUGAAUCCCAUGCACACACCACUUUGUCAUGUUCACAGGUUUGGAAAAUAGACUAAAACCACAGACUUACUGUGAAGCCACGUGAGCUUUAUUUGAGCUGUUCCAGGUGGCACACAGGCAAACCUUCAGACUCCAUCUCCAAUACUAGUGUUACGGUCAAAUAAAAAAUAAACAGGUCUUGACCUCUGUUAACACUGGAAAUAUUUUUCAAAUACUAAUAAAGGUCACAUAUAAUGGGAUCUUAAAUCUGAAAGGUGGAUUGAAGCUUGCUAUUGCACUGUCUCCAAGACCUUUUUCAAGCCCCACAGCACAAAACUAAGAGUCUAAAAUAGGGCUUUACAUUGGUGCAACGGUCUAAUUUCAGGACCCUAAACAGGCCUAUGAAAUUAAGUUACGGAUAUAGGAGUGUGUGCUUUUGUGUGUGUUUGUAUGUGUUAUGCAAGAUAUGAUGUAGCAUUAAAAAAACUUGAUUCAAAGCAGUUUUGUAAGGGGUUACACAUAAGUUGAUUUUGAUGCUGUCUCAGGCAAUGAUAAGUGAGCGUGCUGCUGUGGCGGCACCGUGUAUAUUCAUCAAAUGACUUCAAGAAAAAACAAUCAUAAACAUUGGAAAUGUUAAAUCUGUUUCCCUAAAGAAACAUUUUCAAGUGCCUUAGUUUUUUUUUAUAGAUAAAUGUAUAUUGUGUGUCAUUGUAAUUGUUCUUGUUACUAAGUAGCUAUGUUGCAUUCCAAGUGACUGCAUUUGACUAAAAAAGGACACAAGGCAUGUAGUUAAAUGCAAGGAUUCUUUUAAAAUGUUCUUAAAAGUUAGACUUGUAAGGCAAACUAAAGUCCACACCCAAAAUGUGUUUAGUUUGUUUUGACUUAAAUGCAUGUUUUUUUAGCACUACCUGUCUUGACAAUGCACAAUCUUAAAGCCAAUCGUUAAGGACGGCUACAAUGGCCUUGAAAUGCAGUUUAAACCUCAUUUCUAUUACAUACAUUCAACCAACAGAGGCUGUUAAUGGUUUGGUCGGUCUGUCCAUUGAUGUAGCUUUGCCAAAACCUGAACAACAAAUCAAACAAACACAGCAUUGUCAGUUGUUUAGCCACUCAAUUGCUUAAAACAGGGUUUCCUAUUAACAUGUUUCAGCAACAAGCAAUAGAUAUGCUAAUUUGAAUCAAUACACUGACUUUUAUUUAGCAGCUUUUUCGCUAUAAAAGACCGGCUGGCAAAGGACAUCACAAAAUAUAUAUAAAUAGGCGCAGUCAUAGACGCAGCUUUAUAUUUGGCAGGACAGAGUGUUAGUAAGCUAAUCUCAUUGACUGCUAGUGAGAACGAGCUCUUUAUUUAGCAUCUUUCAUGUGAAUACGCAUCAGACAAAAAUGCCAAGAUGAACCUUGCAAUGUAAACAUAUGCCAAAACUGAGCCACACAAAGCAAAAAAAAAAAAAAAAAAUCAUACUGUUUUGUGUGUGUGUAUAAAUUGUGAAUUCCAUUUUUUUUUGUCUCUCAUGCUCUAUUUGCUUAUGACCAGCCUCUAUAAAUCCACAUUUGGUCUCCCUGUUGUAACUUCUGACACUGAAAGCAUCUAUAAACCAAUGCAGCCAAGAUAAUAUACAUUAGUUUUACAUCACUGUCUGUACUGUUGAGCAUUUAUGAGGGAGUAUUUUAUUUGACAUACUGCCUUUCGAUGAGUAUUUGAGCUAAUCAAGGACAGAUACGGUACCAAACCAGAUAUUUUUCACAGAUCUGGGCCUGUGUGUCAUGAUGGCAUGAUAAAGUGGUUUCUUGUGUGUCAUUGUGUCUUGUUCGGCACCUCUGAAGAAUAGGGUUCUCACAUACUGAAUGCACACGCAAACCAAAGUUGUUAAAAAAA